AAAGAUGUGUAACUCAAGCACUCAAUAAGUAACCCAAAAACCUCCACCAGCCAAUGAAAUGAGAACUUGAGAGGUCCAAAGUUCCUGGCGCUCCACCACAUGAGCUCCAUCUCCAUCCCGGCCUGCUGUCAGUUUGCUCGCCCGCCAGAGCCAUGCUAAGAUUCAGCCUCGCUCUCUUGCUCCUCCUGCUGGGGGUCCGCUGCGUCGCACAAGAGGCGGGACAAAGCAAAGGCUGCGCCAGCGGAUACCCCGGAAUCCCCGGGGACCCGGGUCACAACGGGGCGCCCGGGAGAGACGGCAGGGAUGGACUCCGUGGCGAAAAGGGGGACACGGGUGGAAUUGGUCUGACGGGGUUGGCGGGAAAGGACGGCCCAAAGGGCGACGCAGGGGACCCGGGUGCACCUGGUCCAGCGGGGCUCAAGGGGAAAAAAGGGGACAAUGGAGAGCAGGGCCCACUUGGGAAAAUGGGGCCCCAAGGAGUCCAAGGGCCUGUGGGUUUGAAAGGAAGUAAAGGCGAGCUUGGGUUACCUGGACCCCAGGGCCCCGAAGGUGGCGUGGGGGGGUCUGGACCACAGGGUCUAAAGGGGGAAACCGGCCUCAGCGGGGACAGAGGCAUUCAGGGACCCGUGGGUCCCCCUGGCAGGCAAGGUCCUCAAGGGGACAUGGGCGUUCCAGGCCAUAAAGGCGCCCUGGGCCAUCGGGGGGAGACGGGGUCCCCAGGAGACCUGGGUGACAAGGGCGAGAAAGGAGACGCUUGUGUUCUCUCCAAAAGUGCUUUCUCCGUGGGACUGACGGCGCAGAGCAAGCUCCCGCCGGCUCACACGCCCGUCCGCUUCGACAAGAUUAUCUACAACCGGCAAAAUCAUUACGAUCCCCAGACCGGAAGGUUCACCUGCUCGCUGCCCGGCGCCUACUUCUUCACCUACCACAUCACCGUCUUCUCCAGGAACGCCAAGGUGGCUCUGGUGAAGAACGGCGCCAAGGUGGUCCACACCAGCGACCACUACCAGAGCAGCGAGGACCAGGCUGCAGGGGGCGCCGUGCUGCACCUGGAGGCUGGAGACAAGGUGUGGCUGCAGGUGGUCGGAGGGGAGCUCUUUAACGGGCUCUUUGCGGACGAAGACGACGACACCACCUUCUCUGGCUUCAUCCUGUUUGGCCCCUAAGUAAGUCUGCAUGCUUA